GGAAGGGAGGCAACGGGUGCUGAAACAUGGCGUGCAUAUACACACGCAGAAAUAUGACAGCCGGCGUGUGUUUGUUUUCUGCGCUUAUCUCCGCAUGUGUGAUGCUGCAGCCCGCAUCGGCCAAACCUGGAAAAUUGAGGGUUAUCACAGAUGGAGACUGGGAGGACAUCCUGACGGGGGAAUGGAUGAUCAAGUUUUUUGCUCCAUGGUGUCCAGCAUGUCAGCAGCUCCAGUCCGUGUGGAAUGAGUUCGCAGAAUGGAGUGAAGAUUUGGGGGUGAACAUUGCCAAGGUGGAUGUCACCGAGCAGCCGGGUUUGAGCGGGAGAUUUAUCAUCACAGCUCUUCCAACUAUCUACCACUGUAAAGACGGGGUAUUUCGGCGGUAUCAAGGGGCCCGAUCUAAAGAUGACUUCCUGAGCUUCAUUGAAGAGAAGAAAUGGCAGAGCAUAGAGCCGGUCUCUUCCUGGUUUGGUCCCUCAUCCUUACUAAUGAACGCGAUGUCUGCCCUCUUCAAGUUAUCCAUGUUCAUCCGGCAUUGCCACAAUUACUUAACGGAGCAGCUGGGCAUCCCGGUUUGGGGCUCAUAUGGAAUCUUUGCUCUGGCAACACUUUUCUCAGGAUUGACCCUUGGAUUGGUGUUGGUUUUCAUAGCAGAUUUUGUGUUCCCAUCACGCCGGUUUGCACCAGAUUAUUACCACAAAAGACAGCCUUCAGGGCAGGCACGUCUCCUGCAGCAGUUAGAAGAUGAGCAGGAAGCAGACGGAGAGGAAGAGGAUGAUGAAGAUGAGUAUGGAGGAAAGGCUGAAGAGUGGCAGCAGGUUGACGGUGCUGAUGCUCUCAGGAGAAGAGGUGUUGGUGUGCCGGAGGAGGACACCUAGAGGACCGGAGAGGAACUGCCUCUAUCUCACUGUGCACAAAACCACCACUCCAACCACAUCGCUAUGGCAACACUCACAUGUGCUGCCAUGGCAACACUCAUUGAGCUUGUUGAUGUCACGUGAUGUCACAGCUUCCACCCAAAUAUUCAGUUGUCUCUGACUGUAAGACUGAUUUGGUUUUGCUUCUAUCUGUUUCUCGCCACUGGUUUGAGUGUUUUUUUCUUUCAUAGCUGUCCAGUUUUAAUUAUUACACUCCUUGCUAUGCAGUAUCUCUAGUGUGUGUGUGUUAGAUAAAUAUUAGAACUUUAAAGGAAUUCCAUGAGUCACAGCUGCAAUAUUCCCCAUACAAAGGGUGAGUAAAUAACCAAGACAACAACCUCACUGUGAAUCUGCAAUUCAAUUGUAAUUGAGGCUUUUGGGAAUUUGAAAGGUUUUGCGCUUUACUUUGUAAAUAAUUUAUUUGAGAUUUGAAUGCCUGUUAGAUAAAGACAGAAUGUUAAAUUUGCUGUUGUUUUAAUGGUUUUUCUUCCACUUAGUUCAGCUUCAUACUUUUUGCUUUGUUUUUUUGUCAUUGCAGUUUUGAAAAACUAGAAAAUUAACAGCUGUUUAUAAACGUGUGUUUGAGAGAAAAGAGAGAGAGAUUGUUUUUUUGGCUGUAGUGGAACCUAUGAGUGGUCAGAUCUUAUAAUGUUUGACACGUGAAUCAGCGCUCACACUGAAUCUGACUAUAAAUGUUUUCCAUUAAUUUUAAUCCACCACAUCUUGGUAGUUUAAAUGUUGUAUGUUACAUGACACAUAGGGAUAUGUGAUUGAUUUGAGUUGGGUGUAUUGCCGUUAAAGUCAGAAGUUUACAUACACCUUAGCCAAACACAUUUAAACUCAUUUUUCACAAUUCCAAAAAUUCCCUGUCUUAGGUAAGUUAGGAUCACUAAUUUAUUUUAAGAAUGUGAAAUGUCAGAAUAAUAGUAGAGAAUUGUUUAUUUCAACUUUUAUUUCUUUCAUCACAUUCCCAGUGGGUCAGAUGUUUACAAUCACUUCAUUAGUAUUUGGUAGCAUUGCCUUUAAAUUGUUUAACUUUGGUCAAAUGUUUUGAGUAGCCUUCCACAAGCUUCUCAUAAUAAGUUGCGGGAAUUUUUGCCCAUUCCUCCAGGCAGAACAGGUGUAACUGAGUCAGUUUUGUAGGCCUCCUUGCUCCCACACACUUUUUCAGUUCUGCCCACAAAUGGUUUUAUCGGAUUGAGGUCAGGACUUUGUGACAGCCACUCCAAUACCUUGACUUUGUUGUCCUUGAGCCAUUUUGCCACAACUUUGGAGGUAUACUUGGGGUCAUUGUCCAUUUGGAUGACCCAUUUGCGACUGAGAUUUAACUUCUUGGCUGAUGUUUUGAGAUGUUGCUUCAAUAUAUCCACAUCAUUUUCCUUCCUCAUGAUGCCAUCUAUUUUGUAAAGUGCACCAGCCCCUCCUGCAGCAAAGAACCCUCACAACAUGAUGCUGCCACCACCAUGCUUCACUGUCGGGAUGGUGUUCAUCAUCUUACAAGCCUCACCCUUUUUCCUCAAAACAUAAUGUUGGUCAUUAUGGCCAAACAGUUACAUUUGUUUCAUUUGACCAGAGGACAAUUCUCCAAAAAGUAAGAUCUUUAUCCACAUGUGCACGUGCAGACUGUAGUCUGGCUUUUUUAUGACUGUUUUGGAGCAGUGGCUUCUACCUUGCACAGCAGCCUUUCAGGUUAUGUCGAUAUAGGACUCCUUUUACUGUGGAUAUAGAUACUUGUCUUGUCUGUUUCCUCCAGCAACUGCACAAGGUCCUUUGCUGUUCUGGGAUUGAUUUGCACUUUUUGCACCAAACUUUGUUCAUCUCUAGAGACAGAAUACAUCAUCUUCGUGAGCGGUAUGAUGGCUGCGUGGCCUCAUGGUGUUUCUACUUGCGUACUAUUGUUUGUACAGAUGAACGUGGUACCUUCAGCCAUUUGGAAAUUGCUCCCAAGGGAUAAACCAGACAUGUGGAGGUCCACAAUUGUAUUUAUCUUUUCUGAGGUCUUGGCUGAUUUCUAUUGAUUUUCCCAUGAUGUCAAGCAAAUAAGCACUGAGUUUGAAGGUAGGCCUUAAAAUACAUCCACAGGUACACCUCCAAUUCAGUACACCUCCUAUCAGAAGCUAAUUGUCUAAAGGCUUGACUUCAUUUUCUAGAAUUUUCCAAAGCUGCUUAAAAGCACAGUUAACUUAGUGUAUGUAAACUUCUGACCCACUGGAAUUGUUAUAUGAUCAAUCAUAGGUGAAACAAUCUGUCUGUAAAAAAAGUGUUGGAAAAAUUACUUGUGUCAUGCACAAAGUAGAUGUCCUAAACGACUUGCCAAAACUAUAGUUUGCUAAUAUUAAAUCUGUGGAGUGGUUAAAAAAUUUGUUUUAAUGACUUUAACCUAAGUGUAUGUAAACCUCUGACUUCAACUGUAUGUUCUGUUUCUAUGAUACAGUGGAUCAUACGAUGUCAAUUUAAGAUGUAGCUCAGUCUUCCAAAUGUUUCUGGAUGCGGUUUAUUUUACUUCUUAUAUAUUCAUUACCUAAAACACUCCCUGUAUGAUGCAAAUGAGCAUCAAAACUCCUAAUAAUGCUAACUUGUCCUCCGACCCAUGACAGACUCCUAACUCUCCCACUAGAACUGAAGUGGUUCUCAGUAUAUUCUCCUCAGCUCUCCACAGCAAAAGUUCUAAAGUGUGAAUGUGUGCAAUUGCAACUCUUUUGCUUACAGUGUUAGUGUGUAAGGUUUUUGGGAUGAUUCUGGAUUUGAGUGUGAAUCAGAACUGUUAAUAAACAGUUAAAAGCUACAUUGUUCUUAUGCUGUGUAAUUUCACAGACAUAUGACCAUAAAUGGAGCAUAAAUGCAAAAAUUUUUAGUUGAAUCUCUUUCUAAUUUCACUUCACAUCUAAUGACGCAUAGACGUACAGUGGCCCUAUAAAAGUUUUAUGGACACUUAAUUGAUCUUCAAACAGACUUUAAAAAAAAUAAUUCACAAAAAGAGGUUCAUAAGGUAUUUAAUUAUUAAACAAUAUGUAAACUGUUCAAAAUGAAGAUUUGGUGGCUAAUGUGAUGAAAGGGCCUACAUAUUGGCUUGUGUGAAUUUGAGGGGAAUAGAGGACAUCCAUUAAAAAUGACCUUGGGACCAGUUGGAUAAAAGGAGUUGCAAAACUGGCCAGAAAAGGGAAGCAUAAUUUGUCUGAAGAUACCAUAUUAUUUGAUAUACUAUUAUCUAAUGCAAUUACAUUCAUACAGUAAAUGUGGCUUAAAGGAAUAGUUCACCCAAAAAUGAAAAUGAUCGUGAAGUCGUUGGCUUAUGACGUUCAGUAUUAGAUAUUCAAUAUCAAUCCCCAAAAAUUGGGUAAACACAUUCAAAGAAUAAAUGUUUUAUGGAUUCUUCCUCUAAGUUACAAAAGACACAUGUACUCUCCAUGUCUCUAAAAAUCU